CGCGGCUUCGCGGGGCACGUGACCCACCACUGUCACAGCGUCGCGGGGUCCUGCUGGGCCCGGGCGGCGACCCCUCCCCGGGCCGCCGCCAUGGGGCGGCGCUGGGCGCUGCUGGCGCUGGCGCUGUGCGCGCUGGUGCGGGGGCAGGACUGGGUCGCCACCCCUGGGCAGGUUAACCCUUUGGUGACAAUGGAGCAGCUGCUGUGGGUGAGCGGGAAACAGAUGGGGGAAGUGGCAACUUACCGGAUCCCACUGAUCGCGGCCACCCCCAACGGCACCCUGCUGGCCUUCGCCGAGGCCCGCAAGGGCUCCUCCUCCGACAGCGGGCCCAAGUUCAUUGCCCUGCGCCGCUCGCUGGACGGGGGGGCCACAUGGACACCAACAUCCUUCAUUGUGGAUGACAGGGGCUCACCACCAGAUGGACUGAACCUGGGGGCGGUGGUGGUGGAUGAGGAGACAGGUGCCGCAUUCCUGCUCUACACCCUGUGCGCCCACUACCGCCGCUGCGAUGUGGCCAGCACCAUGAUCAUCCGCAGCCACGAUGAGGGAGAGACCUGGAGCCUCCCCCGCAACCUGUCUGAGGAGAUCGGCACCAUCAUGUUUGCCCCCGGGCCUGGCUAUGGCAUCCAGAAGCGGUUCCCCCCAGCCCGUGGGCGCUUGGUGGUCUGCGGCCAUGGGACGCUGGAGCUGGACGGCAUCUCCUGCCUCCUGAGCGAUGACCACGGUGGGACAUGGCGCUUUGGGGGCGCCCUCUGGGGCCUCCCCUAUGGGCAGCCCAAGCAGCUCCGUGACUUCAGCCCCGACGAGUGCCAGCCCUACGAACUGUCGGACGGGUCACUGGUGAUCAAUGCACGCAACCAGAACUUCUACCGCUGCGCCUGUCGCAUCGUGGCGCGAAGCUGGGACGGGGGCGAGACGCUGCCCCCUAAGGCUGUAACCUUCGACCCCGAGCUAGUGGACCCAGCUGUGGCUGCUGGUGCCCUGGCCACCUCUGGCCUCGUCUUCUUCAGCAACCCGGCACACGAGAGCAAGCGGCAGAACCUGACGCUGCGCUGGAGCUUCACGGGCGGCGCCUCGUGGUGGCAGCACCCCCUGCAGGUCUGGGAGGGGCCCAGUGGCUACUCCUGCCUGGGUGCCCUGGGGACGGGGCCCGGGCGCCCCCCCAGCCUCUUCCUUCUCUACGAGAAGGGGCGAAGCCAGCCUGAAGAGAGCAUCUCACUGGCCAAGAUCAGCAUCCCUGGCACCCUCUGAGCCCUGCCCUGCACCCCUCCCCCCAUGUGGCCACGCCCCCCAGGCUGGGGGCACGCCUCCUUUAGGUCUAGCCAUGCCCCCUGGAUAGGGACAUCCCUCCUCCAUUUGGUCACACCCCCCAGGACAGGGACAUGCUCCCUUUUGAUCUGGCCCUGCCCCUUUAAGGGCAUAGUCUCCCACUCUAACUCAGCCCCCAAUAAGCUCCGCCUCCAGCUCCACUUGUCCCCCUCUAAUUUAUUAACCCUUUCCUUUCCAGGCCUCUCUUACUAACACCCCCACCCCCAACUGAAGGGCACCAGGUCCCCCAGGGGGCCACUAGCCUUUGGGGGGUCCCCAGUCGGACCCUGACAGGCACUGGUUUCUGUGGAAGAGCUCCCACUCUGGGGCUGUAUUGGGGGUCCCAGUCUGACAUUGGGGGGCACUGGGAAGUACUGGGGUACCCUGGAGUACUAGGGCUGACUAGGGGAUACCAGGCUGAUACUUGGGGUCACUCAAACUGAUUGGGGAGUCCCAGUCUGACACUGGGGGGCACUGGCCUGUAUGGGGGAGUUCCUACUCGGAUGCUGGGGGCACUGGGACUGAAUGGGGGAGUUCUCAGGUUGCUCCUGGACUAUUGUGAGGGGGUCCAGGCCUGGCGGGGGGGAGGGGCUGAUUGCUCCAAUCCCCCUCAGUGCUGCUGCUAUGGAGUGCCUUGGUCCUGCCCUGCUCACCCCCCUAGCACAAAGGGGCCUAUUAACCCCUGAGAUGCUGGACUGUUACCUGACAGGUCAAUAAAGGAACAAGAUGGUU